CCCUGCUGUGUGCAUCCAUCAGGGCAGUGAGCUGCGAGCAUCCUGUGUAGGUCCGCACGUUCCAUUGAGGAAAGCUGAUUUCACUUGCGUGGUUCUCAGGUGGCCACGGGGGGAGGAACCUGCUGUGAGGCUGCUGCAGAUCAACAUGUGCUCGCACAGAAGACUCCGUUCUCAUCUCCUUUCAGCUGGCGGACAUGGAUAGUUGCUGAAGUGCCGAAGUACCAGGGUUCGGUUUCCCAUUGCACCUCCCAAGUCACAGCAGUCGUCAUAGCAACACCACAUGGAACUGCAGUGAUGUCAACUUCAACAGGCUUUCUCUCCAUGGAAGCUCAGCUUGGUGCAUCAUGGGACUCCAUCAUGACAGUGGCAGCUACAACAUGUGAGGACUGCACUGCACAAACUGAAAUCUAAUGUGAGAGGCAACCAUGGAGACGGACAGCUUCACCUCCAGCCCGGGCGCACUGGGAGUCCCCGAGGAGUACGCGGGCCAGGCUUGGUCCGGCGAUGUCGGUCAGGCGUGGCGGUUCGUGCCGUACUCGCUGGGCUUCCAGGUGUCCAUUACCGCCUUCCUCAUGCUGGAGCUGGUGUUGGGUUUCAGCAGCAACCUGACGGUGCUGGUGCUCUACUGCUCCCAGUCCAACUUGGUGGACUCGGUCAGCAACAUGGUGACGGUCAGUCUGCACGUGCUGGACGUGGCGGUGUGCGUGCUGUGUUUGCCCCUCACGCUGGCGGUGGUGCUGCUGCCCCCGGGGCCCGACCUGGCUCUGCUGUGCUGCUUCCACGAGGCCUGCGUCACCUUUGCCAGCAUCGCCACGGCCGUCAACAUCCUGGUCAUCAGCCUGGACCGCUACGACAUCUCGGUGCGGCCGGCCAACAGGCUGCUGACCACGCGCAGGGCGGCGCUGCUCCUGGCGGCCGUGUGGCUCACAUCCGUGGCCGUGUUCUUUAUCCCCUUCCUGCAGGAACAAUUGUCUCGUGGCGAAGAAACCGGAAAGAGAUCCCUGGAGACUCCUUUGUCUCUGUCCUCCACUGUGGUUCCGGCAUGGCGCAACCGGACACUCUUGUGCUUAGGCGGGCAAGGCAGCCAUUUAACCCCGGGUACAUAUUACCACCUCAUCCUCCAGGUUCCCAUAUUCUUCACCACCGUCACGGUGAUGUUGUUCACCUACUCAAGGAUCCUGAGGGCUUUGAACAUCCGCAUCGGCACCCACAUGAAGAAGACCCAGAGGUUCAUCGGCCCGUCCUGCACGGGCCUCCACAGGAAACCAAAAAGAAAGAAGACCAAACUCCAAAUGCUGCAAAGUGCGGAGCCAGAAGGGGAGCGAUGCACUGCAGAUGGCACCAAACAACUGAGUCACCCUCCUCUGAUACCUUCUUCAUCGCCCACUCCCACGGCGACAUCCCCCCCUGCGCUCUCUUCUUCCGCCGCGCUGGUGACAUCAGUCACAGGCGCCGCCCCAAUGCCAGCCACCAUGGGUGUCCAGGCCUCCGUGUCGGCUAUUAUCGCCCUUCGUCGAGCAGUGCGGCGUCACCGGGAUCGACGAGAGCGCCAGCGCCGUGUCUUCAGGAUGUCCCUCGUCAUCAUCACCACCUUCCUGGGCUGCUGGGCUCCUUUGUCCGUGGUCAACAUGCUCAUCCUGGCCGUAGGCCCGAGCGACGCCCUGGUCAGCCUCCGCCUCUGGUUCCUAGCUCUGGCUUACGGCACCACCGUGUCCCACCCGCUUCUCUACGCUUUCACGCGGCAAAAGUUGCGGCGCGCCCUGCGUGCAAAGGUGAAGAAGAGGGUGGUGUCUCUGCUUCAGGUGGACCCGUCGCCGGGGGGCACCGUCAUACACAAUUCUUGGGUGGAAAACAGAAAAAGCAGUCGUAAGGUGCGGCUGGAAGCGAGCGAGGGUUCUGAGCGCUGCCUGGCAGAGGCCGUGUGAGACAAUCCCAGGGGUCCUAAAGAAAUAGGACUGGGGGGAAAUGGUGCCUAAUGGGAUUUUUUUUCAGGGGUCACAGAAUUCCUGCCACGGUCUUAAAAACUAGAAGAGUGUCACAGAUGUGUUUCAUCACAGUCACUUUGAAGCAGUGGUUCUCAAACUUUUUUUUCCACCAAGGACCACCUCAGAAAACACUCCCCGAGAACCACCAUAAUGACCAACAUUAAACUACAGUAGUGUAGUAGGCCUAAGUGUUCACUAAAAACAAGGCAGAGGUUUUAUUUAACAAUAUUUACGGACUAUAGAAUUUUUAAUUUCCAUAUAUUAGUCGCACUGAACUGUAAGCCGGAAAUAUAUACGUUGCGAAAUGAAUAUUUUUCCAGAAAGAUGUUUAUUAACAUACCUUAAUUGAUUUUUUUAACGGUGUCAGUAACUGUCACGUCUUUGUGAUCAUGUUUUGUUUUAGUUAUGUCCUGUUGGUUUAAAACUUUUUAGUUCCUGUUUUUACGCUUCCUGGUUUGGUCACCAUGGCAACUUAUUAGUUUCACCUGUCUCACGUGUUGGAAUCACGCACCUGUUUGUAAUCAAGAGAGA